AUGGUUAUAAUGUUGCUUAAAUUUGCGCUUUUUAUCAUUUUAUUAACGCAGUAUUUAAUUGUAACCCAAAAUUUGAAAUCGCAAAAUGAACUCGAGAACGAUUACAGCGAAGAAGACCAUUAUCCGAGAUACAGUUUCAAUUACGGUGUGAUCGAUCCGGACACCGGUGACAAAAAAUCACACCAGGAAGAACGAGAGGGAGACAACGUGAAAGGAUAUUACAGUUUUCAAGAACCAGAUGGUACAAUACGUCACGUAAAUUACACGGCUGAUAAUAUUAAUGGUUUUAAAGCGAUUGUAACCAAAAGUGAACCACCAAAUAAAUUAACCCAUUAA